AUGAGGCCCGUUCCGAGGCACGAGGAAGAAGAGAAGGACGAUGCUGGCAUCUCCACUAAGUUGACGCUCCUACGUGACCCGUGGUCGUUCAAGAAGAAGCUAAAGGCAAGUGACGUUGAUGGCUCGUCGCGUCUUCUGCUCGCGGCAAGCUUUGUGCACGACCACGUGCUCAAGGAGAAGGGCGAGGAGAUGGUGGGGCAGGUCAAGAGCAGGGCCGGGAAAAAGGUCCCCGUGUGGGACACGGACACAAGCAGCAAGCACCAGCUCACGUUUGGCUACUGGGAAUCCACGAACGGCUACGUGCUGAAAGGCAGCUGGAAACCGCAGUUCGUCAUAAGGCGACGGCUGGUAGUCGGCGACGAGAUCGGGAUGCUCUGGGGCGAGCGCGAGCAAAUGUUUUACUUUAAGGUCCUUCACAAGGUUGCUUGA